AUGGACAAUAAUCAAGGUCCUAAAACAUAUGGCAAUUAUAAUCCUCGAGCGCAGGACCCUAGAACAUAUUCCGUGUCACGUCCUGUCCAUUAUGAUCAGAGGGCUGUACAAGCAGCGCAAAAUCGCCAACAACAAUCGAUAGCAAAUGGAAAAAGAAAUGUGACAGCAAAUUUGGCGGCUGCGCAUUAUGGAGUUCAGAGGACUGAUUAUGACUUUAGCAGCGCUGGAUAUGGAUCCUAUUUGGAUGACGAUAGCUACAGCAAUAAUGGAUCGCAUUGGUCUGAAGAUCGUCGAUACCACGACAUGGGUAAAUCAGUCAUAAAUAACGUUUCGGAUCGUCCAACAGGUCUUCGCCACUUUUCCACAAAAGUUUGUGAAAAAGUGAAACAAAAAGGAUUGACAAAUUAUAACGAGGUGGCCGAUGAGCUUGUAGCUGAGUAUUUUGAUGCCAAUAUGGUUCAUCAAGUAGAUGUCGUCAAACAAGAGUAUGAAAUGAAAAAUAUCCGGCGAAGAGUUUACGAUGCUUUGAACGUCCUUCUAGCUAUGAAUAUCAUUUCGAAAAACAAAAAAGAUAUUCGAUGGGUCGGAUUGCCGGCUUCUUCAGCUCAAGAAAUCAGUCGUCUACAGGAUGAAAAAGCAAAGCGCGAAGCUAGCAUUAAAUCAAAGUUAGAAACCCUUCAGGAAAUGGUUAUUCAACUCGUUUGUUACAAAAAUCUCGUGGCUAGGAAUAGGCAAAACGAAAGAGAAUUCGGCCGACCCGAUCCAAAUACAUUGUUAUAUCUACCGUAUCUAAUAAUAAGUACUGAUGAAAAGACCUCUAUUGAAUGCAGUGUUUCAAAUGAUAAAUCGGAAUACUUGUUCUCGUUUGAUAAACCUUUUGAAAUUCAUGACGAUUUUGAGGUUCUAAAAAGAAUGGGAUUGGCUUGUGGACUUGACAAUGGUACAACAACACCAGAAGAAGCAGCACUUGCAAAAUCGUAUCUUCCUCCUUUGAUCCAGCCAUACAUAGAUGAUAUUAUUUCUGGUCAUAAAAGAUUGGCUGAAACUGAGCAGCAAAAACAGCAGCAGGAACAACAACAGCAGCAGGAGCAGCAGCUACAAGAGCAGGAGCAGAUGCAGCAAAUUCAAAUGAAAAACGAAUAUGCAAAUUUCUUCGAUGAUCGACAAACCGAUCAUAACUACAUUUCGGGUGAGAAUUCUGUUGAUCCAGAAGAGGAACCUGAAAUGGGGAACGAACAAGGAGAAAGGCAUAUGGUCCGUCAGUAUCAACCAGUUGGAACAACGCAGGAAAGACGGUUAGCUCAUGAUCCAAAAAUGUACACGACAUCGUCGAACGGGCAAGCAGUUAAAUAUUACGUCGCGUCGGGCUCCGGAAAUCAAACGGCUAGAUUUGUCAACGUUCCAGCGAAGAUGGCAGUUCGACCUGUUAACGCAACAGCUGUUCCACGUGUUGUCUAUUCUAAUGAUCAAGGAAGAAUGGUUACUGCCCAGGCACGGCGCGUUUAUUCGCCAUAUCCCCCAGGAACUACCGUUGUUCGAAAAGUUAUCAAAAGAAAUGAAAGCCAUUAUGAUCAUUUUUACGAUUCGAUGGAUAUAACAGAAGAACAGAUUCUCGAUGACGGAUCGGGAGGAAUGAGUUUUCAAUAA